AAGACGAUGCUUUCAAAGACAACGUGCGACAAGAUUUAGAUCCGUUCGUUACCAUGGUUGACCGUCAACGUGUGAAUGGAGUAGCGCGGAUGCAUCCCCCUCUGUUACUUGUCGCUAUUCGUCCUCACAUGCAAGUCGCUGGCAAGCUCGUGCAAGAUGUACCCGCCGCUCGAGUCACCGUUGACUGUGACGGGUAGCUCGGCCUCGUCGAGGGCUACGCUCAGCGUAGGACUGUUCUUCCCUGAGGUCGUGUGGGCUUCUCCUGCAACGACAGGACCCAAAGCUUGACUUAGCUGAACCAAGAAGUCCGUGGAAGGCAUGGAUGGCAGCACGAUCAACCAACGGGUGAUUUCUUCCUUCAGAGCAUGCGGGAAUGCCACGGCUGUAGUACACGCACGGCGCACUUGAUCAGGCAGUUCAUCAACUUUACGCUUGCAGUCGAGUGCGAGCAUAACAGCGUCUUGAGCGGACUGUGCACGAACGGAUGGAGGCGGGACUUGCCAGACAACACCCGCACCGACGGGGACGACAGUCUCAUGCAAAAUGGGCUCGAGAAUUUUAUCAACGACGUUGAGGGACGGUGAACCGAUGCGUGUUGUGACGGGUGGUCGAAGUGACAGCCCUGGGCGAGUCACAAUCCCAUAUGCGUCAAGGUAGUCCUUGGAGCCACAGUGCAGCAUGAACGCUCGCUCAUCGAGGUAUAUUUCAGUGAAUUCCACCACGACGGAUUCGGUGCGGAGUUCGGUGGGCAAUGGAUCAGAGUGGGUGAGGUCGACCCAGUCAGGGUUCAUGCCACGACGGCCGAGGUCCGCGCGAACAACGGGCUUGGGAAUGCCGACCUGUAGCUUCUUCAAUGCAUCGUGCAGUGGCGGGUACUCUCCGACAGUAGAGAUGGGCGGAGUCACUGGGUUUGACGUGGUAAUGCGAAAGAAAUACGUUGGAACACAAGGUGUGUCGCGAUGUGUAGCCACACCACAACCGCGUAAUGCAGAAAGCAAAGUUUCCGCGUCGGUGCGGCUUGGCGCUUCCCAGAACACGUGCAGCAGAAACGCUUCGUCCGGGUAAUGGUCGAGGUGGCCUUUUGGCGCGUCGAUCAGAGCCUUGAGGGAUGUUGGCGGCGCAUAGGGUGGUGAAGCCAUUCGAGAGUCGGCAAGACUUAGUCGUUUGCGU